GCCUUGCUUAAUCUAUCUUUCAUCUCUCUCCAUCUGUCUCCAAAUAAAGCCACCUCUUCUCAACUUCCCUUCUCUCUCUCUCUCUCUCUCUCUCUCUCUCUCUCUCUCUCUCUUCAUGCCCUUUGUUACUUCCUUCUCUCUAGUAUUAAAACCCCACGCCACUAACAACCAACAUAACCAAACUAGAUAAGAUCACCAAAGCCCAACCCAAAAGCCUCCACUCUCCACACUAACGAAAACAACAUUAUUAAAAAACAACAACACUUCUUUGUGUUCUCUCAACACAACAAGUCAUAAACAACAACAUUAGUUGAAUUCAUUAGUUUCAAACAUCAUGGAGCUAGAGCUCUUGUCUUGGCUCAAACUUGUUUCAUUUUCUUUCAUAUUUCUUCUAUGUGUUCUCAAAGUAACAGUGUUACUAUGGUGGAGACCAAGAAAAAUUGAAGGCUAUUUUGCUAAACAAGGAAUUAGAGGACCUCCUUAUCAUUUCUUCAUUGGAAAUGUUAAAGAACUUGUUGGUAUGAUGUUGAAAGCUUCUUCUCAACCCAUGCCUAAUUUCUCUCACAACAUUCUUCCUAGAGUCCUUUCUUUCUAUCAUCACUGGAAGAAAAUUUACGGUGGAAUGUUCCUAGUUUGGUUUGGACCCACUGUUCGUCUUACAGUGUCUGAUCCAGACCUUAUAAGGGAAAUCUUCACAUCCAAGUCAGAAUUUUAUGAAAAAAAUGAAGCCCCCCCACUUGUGAAGCAGCUAGAAGGUGAUGGUCUCCUUAGUCUUAAAGGAGAAAAAUGGGCUCACCAUCGCAAAAUUAUCUCUCCCACUUUUCACAUGGAAAAUCUCAAAUUGCUGAUACCGGUGAUGGCAACAAGCGUGGUUGAGAUGUUGGAAAAAUGGUCGGAAAUGAGUGACAAAGGUGAGGUGGAAAUUGAAGUUUCUGAGUGGUUUCAAACCCUAACUGAAGAUGUUAUUACUAAGACCGCGUUUGGAAGCAGCUACCAAGAUGGCAAAGCCAUUUUUCACUUACAAGCCCAACAAAUGAUCUUAGCUGCUGAUGCUUUUCAGAAAAUUUUCAUUCCCGGUUACAGAUUCUUUCCUACAAGAAAGAAUAUAAAAUCUUGGAAACUGGAUAAAGAAAUAAAGAAAUCAUUGGUGAAGCUAAUAAAACGAAGGGAAGAGAAUUUGAAUAAUGGGAAUGAAGAAAGAAUUGAAAAAGGUCCAAAAGAUUUACUAGGACUAAUGAUAGAAGCUAGCUCCAACAACAACAACACCAAUGUGACAGUGGAUGAUAUCGUGGAAGAGUGCAAGAGCUUUUUCUUUGCAGGCAAACAAACCACAUCAAACUUGCUGACGUGGACGACCAUUCUCUUAGCAAUGCACCCACAAUGGCAAGUACAGGCACGUGAUGAGGUCCUAAAGAUGUGUGGGUCACGUGACCUUCCAACUAAAGAUCAUGUUGUAAAGCUUAAGACGCUGAACAUGAUUGUAAACGAGUCACUAAGAUUGUACCCACCAACAAUUGCGACGAUCCGACGGGCUAAAACAGAUGUAGAUUUGGGAGGGUACAAGAUACCACGUGGGACAGAGCUAUUGAUUCCAAUCCUAGCCGUUCAUCAUGAUAUAGCAAUAUGGGGCAAUGAUGUAAAUGAAUUCAAUCCUGGCCGUUUCUCUGAAGGUGUAGCUAGAGCUGCAAAACAUCCAGUGGCAUUCAUACCUUUUGGCCUUGGUGUGCGCACAUGUAUAGGACAAAACCUUGCAGUGCUACAAACAAAAUUGGCACUUGCAAUCAUACUGCAGCGUCUUAGUUUCAGGUUGGCCCCUAGUUAUCAACAUGCACCAACGGUUCUGAUGCUACUUUAUCCUCAGUAUGGUGCACCAAUCAUAUUCAACCAAUUGUCCAUAGUGGAUAACCCAAAUCAAGGAUCCUCAUAGGAUCUAGGAUAUUUCAUGUCCCUCCAGAUCAAUGUCCGUAUGUUUGAUAUCACAAUGACUUUGUAAAUAUUCCGAUGAAUCAACUGAACAAAAUUUCGAUGAAUCAUCGUGAUUAUGACAAAGUCGUUGUAAUAUUAAAAAUGCAAUGCAAGUUUGUGUAGAGUAUAUAUGGUUUGAGUUUAGAGAUCAAAUGACCCCUCCGUUAUGGCUUUCCUUUAUUGAAAGAAAAAAAUCUAUAAAGUAUAUAGAUGAGAGAUGUGUGAUGAGUAAAAUUACGGUGGUGCCCUUUCCUUUGUCUGCAGAUAUUUUAUCCCAUGUGUUUUUUGUUUCUUCCUCAUCAGAACAUACUGACUCUAGCAUGUGAGGUUUGGUUUGGUUCUUGGACAAAAGUGUCUUUUGCCGAUUGUAAUGUGGUUAUUAUCAUCAUAGGAGAGUAAAUCAGUAGAUGGCUAACAAUUUGCUAGACAGGUGCUUUGACUUGUGUAUGUUGUGUAUAUUUUUUUGGGAGAUUUGUAAUUUUUUUUUCAAUGCAUUUUUUGGCCCCUUGAUUGUGUAACCAA